AAAGGUCGUGAAAAGUCGGCUAUGUAUGUCGAGGAUCUGGCGAAGGUUAUGGAGACUGUCAUCAGCACCACAAAAAAGAAGUUUGGACACGGUCGACAUCGCAUCGAGUUCUGUCUGUUUCUACAGCUGGCAGGUCUUACAACAAAUCGUCCGCAGGCCAUCUUGGAUCUCAAGUAUCGCCAUAUUAAAGUCUGCCUGCUCCGAGAUCCUAAAGGUGGUCCUCAUUGGAUCGUGAUCGAGUUCACUUUUGAGUUCACAAAGGAGUUUCUGGGCGCCAAAGACGACUGCUCCCAGUCGGAUCAGCUGCUGGAGGCAGCUAUUCGAUCGGUCAUGACAGAGAGAAGGCCCCGUGUCUGUUUCAUCUGUGUGGGACAGCCGAAUUUGGACAUCAAAAAGCGCGUGAAGCAAUUCAAAGAGCACGGUGACCUAACCAAGCACAUCAGACGGAAGCAUUUCAAACGAGCCAAGAUGGGAGAUCCCUUUAGGUGCACUGUCUGCGGCCUGCAGUUCACUGAUAAGAGACCGACGGCAUCUAUUACGCUUAAGUCUAACGCAUUUUGGUCUACUCAUACUCUACUUGCGUAG